UGGUCAAAGAAGAAAAUCUAUCAGCCAAUCAGGAAGUAGGUUGCCUUUUAAAACUCUGCCGGGAAACUCGGAACCAAAACAACAUCGUUUUACUUGAGUAGAGAAGGAACGACCAAACACACAGAAACGCUACAGACAUGGACACCAUGAUUUUCUUGGAUCAGGAAAACGGCAGACUUACCACUCCAGCCAUUAAAUCUCGCCAGAACAGACUGCACUCUGCUCCAGAUCAGUGCUUGAGAACACCUCUGACGGGAAAGGCGCGUCUUGGCGCUCCCCUGCAGUCCAGCCGAAAAGCUUUGGGUGUCAUAAAUAAGGUUGUUGCCACUCCAGCAGCGUCUCAUAGAGCAGAGGAGAAGACCAAACCUGCUGAAGCCAAGUGUAAGGUUCCUGCUCAGCCAGCUAGCGAGGAGCUGCCAGAAAUUGAGAAGUGUUUCCCGUACAAUCCAAGCGAGUUUGAGACCUAUAGUGUUCCAGAUGAAGUGUACCUCAGUCGUUUCUCUCUUGCUGGUCUGGGAAAACCCAUAUGGCCGACUGCGUCACCUGUGGAAGAGCUGCUCAUGGACACGUGUUUGCCACUCUCACCUUUAAAGAUGCCCAGAGCAGUGGAAUACGUUGAUGAAAUGGAGGCAUUCCUGCAGACGAUCAGUGAGCUGACUGUUGACUUGCCCCCUGAGUGUGACCUCUAAACUAACUUGUGGAUUGAAUUUUUUUUUUUUUCUUUUUAAAAGUUGUUUGCUUUUUUCUUAUUGUCAUUAAACGUUUUAUUAAACUAAACCGUUUGAAUGCUAAAUCAGAUACCAAACCAGUUCCUCAGCAGUGUUAAGAUAUCAUUUAAAAAUUCUCUCUCUCUAAAAAAUACACACUCAUUUCCCCU